AUGGAUCAACUAUCAAAAGUGAUCGAAUCAUUAGCUAAGCCAAGAUAUGAAGAAGAUUCUACUGACCGCUUAAAUUACCAUGUUACCACGUUGAUGUUGUUAGCCGCUGCAUUUACCAUUAUCGCCAAGGUUUAUUUAAUUUGUAAAAUAUAA